AUGGCGGACACAGAUGCCGAUGACAAAGUCGAUCGUCUCAAAUCCUCCCUCUGGUACAGCAUCGGCACCAUCAUCGAUGCAAUUUCCCUCGACUCAGACUUGAAUGCAACGCCCCAAUUCAUUGCUUCCCUCACCGAGCUAGUCUGGUCUCAAAUUCUUACUUCUGGUGCUGAUCUAGAGGCUUUUGCUAAGCAUAGGGGUGGAAGUGUUGUGGAUGUCAAGGAUGUACUGUUGUUGGUGAGGAGGAACGAGGAGUUGAGGGGCGUGCUUGAGGAGGCGAGUAAGGGUAUUGGGAAGUGA